UUUAAAAGAAAUCCCCUUUGCAGCACUUCCUUAAAACUAAGUAUUUAUUGCAACUCUGCCAGUGUGUCCCUGAUUGUGUCAUUAAUGACUUGAGCCCCAACUUCAUGACGGGUGGAAGCGUGUCUUUCAGGCUUUGGCUCUGGCCGUGGCAACCCAAGCUUGAGGGAAUCCAGAUCCAGCCCCAGAAACUGCAUCUUCAACACACACUUCAGCGCAACCUCCAAGCUCCUUUCCUUACCGUUCAGAGAAACCUUGCUUUGGAGGCUGUUGAAUAUUUAGUUCAAAAGACAGCGAGUGUUAGCACCGAAGAGCGAGGUCAUGAUUGCCGAAAAGCCAUGGAUGGUUUUUAAAAACACCUAAUAGUGAUAAUGUUCAUUUGGCGGCAGUUAAGCAGUGAAGGUGACCACCUUAGCUCUCUCCACAGAGCAGAUGUCUAGGAACUGAGCUGAGCUGAGCUCUGCAGAACUUGUUAUUGAACCCAGCGCUUGUACAAGCUGGCAGGCAGGCCAGUCUAUCACCAGGCUGCUUCCUCAACCCGAGACAAUUAAUGAACCAUGAACCACCGAAUUUCUCCGUUGUCUCCACAGACUUGCAUUGAACAAGAUAGGCUGGGUCAAGUGUUUGAAGAUGCGUUUGAAGUAUUGACACAGCAUUCAGUUGGGGAACUUCAAUAUCCCCCAGAUCAUAAAAAUUACAUGACUUUCGUUAACCACUAUCCUCACAUCAGAGGCAGCUCCAGUUGCUACGGCCUUUUGCCCACAGAAGAACCCAACUGUAACUGGAGAAGUGUAACGAAUGGUUCUGCGGACUUGUAUUCGGAAGAAAAUUUCCAUCAAUCUCUGCAGAGCAUCACUGAAAACCAGCUGGUACAAGCCUCCAUCUUCCAGCAUAAGGGAGGAAAAGGCAGGAGGAAGCUCCGGCUGUUCGAGUACCUUUUCGAAUCUCUGUGUGACUCGGAGAUGGCAUCUUGCAUCCAGUGGGUUGACAAAACCAAAGGUGUCUUUCAGUUUAUCUCAAAAAACAAAGAAAAGCUGGCUGAGCUUUGGGGGAAGCGUAAAGGCAACCGAAAACCCAUGACGUACCAGAAGAUGGCCAGAGCCCUGAGAAACUAUGCCAGGACAGGGGAGAUCACGAAAAUCCGCAGGAAACUGACCUACCAGUUCAGUGAAGCUGUUCUCCAGAAACUGUCUCCACCUUACCUCCUGGGGAAAGACAUCUUCUGCUCGCAGUAUGGUCAGCCUGAUCAGGAAUAUCUCAGCUUGAACCCCUGGAAUGUAAACUGUUAUGCCUAUGUGGGUUACCAGAGCUAAACCACACCAGUUUCUUCUUUCUGGUUUUUUUUUUUGUUUGUUUUGCUUUGUUUUAUAAAGGAGAUAAAAGCAUUCCUAUGUUUUUCAAAGCUUUGGAUUAAUCAAUGUUUUCUUUUUUUUUUAAAAUU